AUAUCAACCAGGAUAAGUGAGGUUUCUUUCCAAAUUCCUAGCUUGGCAGUCAACGUAUGUAACGUACUGGGUGCCUUACGUUACGUUGUCAUUCCAAAAUAAUUAUUAAAGCUGGUUUUUACUCCAUUAGGCUAAAGUUCUUCGCCAUGAUGAGUUACAACAUUGUUCUUAAAAAUUUACAGAAAAUUUCCAUCUUCUACGGCCUGCGCAGCACACCGCGUCUCACAAUCAGAGUUCGCCCAGCUAGCGGUUUUUCAGGUUUUGCCACCAAGAUGACGACUGAGAUUGACAAGGAAGAACUCAAGAAACGUUUGACGCCAAUUCAGUGGCAUGUGACACAAGAAAAGGGGACCGAGAGGCCUUUCACUGGUUCUUAUAAUAAAUUCUAUGAAAGAGGAACUUACACUUGUAUAGUGUGCGACCAGGAUUUAUUUUCCUCAGAGACGAAAUAUGAUAGCGGUUGUGGCUGGCCGGCAUUUAAUGAGGUUUUAGAUCAAGGUCGAGUCAAACUAACCAAAGACACAACUCAUGUCGGUGGCAAUCUACUACUGCUCAUCGCAAACCCAGAUAUGGUGCGGACUGAGGUAACCUGUUCUUCCUGUGGAUCGCAUCUGGGCCAUGUAUUUAACGAUGGACCAAAACCAACGAGGAAACGUUUUUGCAUUAAUUCUGCAUCCAUAAGUUUUCACGCCGCCGGUGAUCCAAGAGAGUCUAAAUCCUAAAUAGUGGAGAAACCAUAGCUGAAGUGAACGGAAGGUUUGGUCCUCACGAGCUUUUCCUGGACCGUCAACUUCUACAUGGAAUGUGAAACUACUUUCCUUACUAUCGAAAAAUAUGUGAAACAAUUUAAGAUAUUGUGUAGAAAAACAAAACUUUCCUCUGACUUCUAAGAAGGAAGAGAAUUAUUAAUUUAUGUCUUGAUUUUUAGAUUAGAUUUUCGUUACAAUAAGCUGGUGAUAUUUACAAGGCCUUUUAUGAUGCAGAAUAGUUGAUACUGAAACACCAUGCCAAAUAAAUCCCAAAUCAACCUUACGCUUGUUCCCUUAUAUUUUUAUACAUUCUGCAAGAAAGAUAAAUAAUUAAGUGAGCUACUCAAUGCCUCUUUACUUUUUGUGUUCAUUAGAUAGACAAUAUCAGUGUUUAAAUAACAUGCAUAAUUUCUGAAGAUAAUACAUUUAAUAAGGAUAAAAGUAUUAAGUAUCAGCAAAUUAAUCUGGCUUGAAUAGAGGCACUACAAUAUCUACUGAGUUAUUAUAUAAUAAAUUGUAUCGAUUCUGUUGGUGAAAAGAUAAGAAAACUAAUAAAAUGGAUAUUUUUAUAGAUAUUACUACUAUAUGAAUAUACGAUACAAAAGCCUUGACACAUUUUGUAAGAUAUUACUUUGUGAAAUUAAAAAAUGUGACUGGUCGAAAAAAUGUAAAUAAUCUGACUUAUUACAAACAAGAUUGUUAAGCCUAUGUGCAUUAUAUGCAGUCCCAUAUUGAAAACAAAUAUAUUAUUAGUUCAAAAACUUGA